CUCUCUCUCUCUCGCUCGCUCACUACUUUACAAAACUAAUCACUAAUCCUUAGAAGAUAAUAAAAUAUGACUCAAAUCUUAUUGGUUCAAGAUGUUCUGAAGGAAUAGACAUUCGAUGUAUUAAACUUAAGAAGAAGUAGUUACUCAACCUAUUUGAUAAUGAUCUAUUAUUAAUUUAUGCAUUACUGUCAUCAUUACCGAACACAAUGGAUAAACUCAUACACAUACAUUCUAAUUUGUUAGUUGUGUCUGUCUGUUUAUCCAUCAAUCUAUCUAUCUAUUUACUUAUUCAUCCAUUCAUCAAUAGAUCCACGUGCCCGCUUACCUUAUUAAAUCAAAAGAAGAAAAAAAGAUAACACUAUUAAAUAACUGAAGUGAAGAAGUCGAAGUGUUCAAUUGGAAUUAAAUCAUGAGUAGUCAUCAGGAUAGUGCAAAAAUCAAAUCAACUGAUAUGCCAGAAUCUAUGCAAUGUAUAGCUGUUGAUUGUUGUGCAGCAGCAUGUGAACGUUUUACAGAUGAUAGAGAUAUAGCUAAAUAUAUUAAACAAGAAUUUGAUAAACGUUAUGGUGGAACAUGGCAAUGUGUAGUUGGAAAACGUUUUGGUUGUUGGUUAAUACACAUUUAUCAAUGUGAAUGGUUGUAUUGUUUAUAUAAUUAAAUUGUGUUUGUGUAUGUGACGAAUUGUUUCCAUUAAUGUUAUGUAAGCAAUUAGUAAAAAUCCUUAAGUAGUAAGAUAUGUAUUUCACUUUAGUUGAAGCAUCUCUCUCUAUUAGUUCUUAUCAUUUAUUGUUUCAGGGAUUCAGAUUUAAAAAUUACAUGUUAAGUAGUACAUUAGAUUUUAAAGAUCUCAAAAACUGGUAAUUGGUUUUCGAUAUUAUAAGUAUAUAGGUUAGAUAGAAAAACUAAAUGUAAUGUAAUACAAGAUAAGGUAUUACAACUUUACAAAGAGAAGUAAGAUGGAUUUUUGAACAUGAUACCUAACGAGAACGGUACUUAUAAUAAAAAGCAGUCAGAUUUUUGAUAAUCAAUUUUAAGUGAUAUCUUUUUAUAGCAUGAAAGGAAUUGCAUUUGUUUAAAACCUUGGUUCUCGUCUAUUCUUGGAUCUCAGUCUGAGACUAUGAAACGGAACUUUUUACAUCCUAUUAGACUGUUUAUAGGACUAGGUCAUACAAGUUAAUUAGUUAUUAUCAAGUAAUUUACUUUUAAUUGAAUUACUUUGAUGAGUUUUUCGGUGUAUCUAUCAGUCACUGAAUCCUUGUUGCUAUAGUACAGUAAGAUUUCACAUUAGGAACUCCUGCCUUUCUAAAAAUUAGAUACCAAUCAGUAACAUUGAAUAGUGACUUACGGUGCAAUCUAGAACUCGUGUUUCGUCAUAUUUAAGGCUUAAUUAUGACUUAGUGGCAAUAUUGGGUCAAUCCAAGUAAGAUAUACACAUCCCAAAGAGACUAGUCAAUUCCAACAACACGUAAAUUCAAACUCCUGCUUUGGUAUUUUCUAGAAAUCAAUUACCCAAAGUAAUUUGGUGGCUUGUGGUUUACUCAUUAUUAUUAUGCUAUAAUAAUGUUUCUCACCAAAUGUACAAACAUUGGGUACUUUCCAGUAAACUACAAAAAAAUUGGUCUGAAUUGAUCAAAAUAGAAAUAUCAUCCACGUUGGUACACUGAACAUUAAUGCAAUGAGAUUAUAUCCUCUACGAAGUAACAAUGAUUCCAUAGGCGGUAGAAGAGACUCCACAUAGGAAUCAGAACGUAAUAAUCAACAAAUUAUAAAUGAAAAACAAAAAGUAGUUCCUUAAUAAGUACAAACAAUUGUCAAUAGUCAGCUGGUUCUGGUAAAGUUGCUUCUAUGGUCUGAAUACCUUAAUUGUAGAGGCUUCAUUAUUUUUCUUCCUGAGCCACAAAUCUUUGCCCUCCCAUCUAAGCCAAAUAUGAUGAUAAUUUUCUUGAAAUUUCAUCCCGAACUGACAUUAUUCAAUGAGACAUGGAUUAAUGAUAGAUACUGUACAGUCGUUUUGUUUAAGAUAGGGAUUUUUUGCAAUACAAAUCUUUAACAUCACUGGAGACUGAACUUAAAGUUCUCAGGAUUUUAUGCGAGUACAUCAGUCUAUUGAUCCAUAUUUAUAAGUUUAGGUAAUUCAUAAUUUAGCACGGUUUUUUAAACUUCUACUUAAUCACAUUGGUGUAAUUAUAAUCAAUAAUUAUUGACUCAUGAGGUUAAGGUUCUCUGUUGGCCGAUUGUGUAUUCCUAAGAAUUCUCAGUUUUAUUCAUUUUCAUAAUUUCAUUAGAGUGAAUUAUUCACUGAAUCCAGCUAUCUCGAUAUUUUUAUUUUUAUUUAUUCUUUGCAAUCGUAAAAGUAAUUAUUGUGACCGGAUAUGGAUGUAUUUAUUUAUAUCGGUUCAAAUUGAUUUUAUCAAAUAUGAAUUGUAGAACUAUAUAAAUGAGGAUAUCUGUUUCGCGCAUCUAUGUGUGUUUGUGUGUAUAUACAGUGACUUGUGUAAAGGUUUACAUUACCUGCAUAUCUUUAUAUUUAUCUAAGUGCACUACAAGAGGCUAGAUUUAAAGGGAGGCAUGCUGUACUGAUCAGUUUUUAUUAUUUUAUGAAGUUAAAUAAAUGAGUUUUUAAUGUAUGUAAGAUCGUGCGUUUCUAGCGGAGUAUCAUAGUUAAUCCUAUAUUUUCAUUUAUUUAUAACGAGCAUACGUCGCUUUCUAGAAAUUCUAAUUUCUAAUCAUCUGGUCAUGACACAUGUAUCAUAAUUUCAUUACUAUUAACAGUCUACCCAAUGCUCGAUUUAUUCCAAAUUAAGUCAAACCUUGGUAACGAUACUUAUAAGCGAAGUAUAUGUUUGUGACUGGUGAAUGAAUACAAAUGAUUUUAGAAUAAACAAUAAUUUCUUUAGGCAGUGAAUUUCAUUGUUGAAUAGUGAAUAUUCUCCAUUCGCUUGGUGUAGAUGUCCAAAAUUGGUGAACAAUAUCCUCAACAAACAUACUGAAAAUAGUUUGGACAUUUGUAGCCAAUGUAUCUUAAUAAUCCCCUCGUCACUUGUCUGAAUAACCUUCAAAUAUCUUGCAAAUCUCAUCUGAACCUUUAAAUGAAUUUGUGUUUUUUUAGGAUUUUAAUCUUAUGUUAAAUAUGUUACAGUUUAGAUAUUCGAAACGAAAUUUUCCAAUACUGGCUGAUUAUUACGUAUAAUAUCGUUUAGUUCCUCAUGUUUUUUAAACACCUAGUUAUCAACUAUAUUUG